AUUAAUAUGAUAAUAUUAGAUUAAACUUACUUUCUAUAUAUUUAUUUUUAUUUAUAUAUCAAGAAAUAUGUAAUCUAAAGAUAAAAGUUGCAUUUUAUUUUUUGUAUUUCAGGUUCUAUUAUUGGCCGGAACAGAUACGUCAUCUGUGACAUUAGAAUGGGCAUUAUCAAAUCUACUUAACCAUCCUGAAGUUUUAGAAAAGGCUAAAGCUGAAAUUGACGAAAAAAUUGGUGAAAAAUUAAUGGAGGAAGAAGACAUUUCAAAAUUACCAUAUCUUAACAAUAUUAUCUCAGAGACCCUACGACUGUUCCCACCCGCUCCAAUGCUCCUACCUCACUAUUCAUCAGAAGAUUGUACUAUUGAAGGAUAUGACAUUCCACGUGAUACAAUGGUUAUGGUUAAUGUGUGGGCUAUACAUAGAGAUCCCAAGUUAUGGGAUGAUCCUCUAAGUUUUAAGCCAGAAAGAUUUGAGAGGAUUAAUGACGAAAAGUACUUGAUGCCAUUUGGAUUAGGAAGAAGAGCUUGUCCUGGACAUGGCUUAGCCCAACGUGUAUUGGGCUUGACUUUGGGGUCAUUGAUUCAGUGUUUUGAAUGGAAAAGAAUUGGUGAAGAAAAAAUAGACAUGACUGAAAGCAAAGCUACUGCAAUGCCUAAACUUGUGCCAUUAGAAGCAAUGUGCAAAGCUCGACCUAUUAUGAAUUCAAUUCUCUUGAAAGCUCAUUAAAAAUAUAAGCCAAUUAGAGAAAUAAUAAAGUUCAUUAUGUAUUAUGUUUGCUAUUAUUUUUAAUAUAUAUACUAAGUUUGAAUCUGUUAAA